UGGAUGACAGGUUUGUAUCACAAUGAAAAUACGUGCCUCGAUCUCUUUACUGUUGCCAGGGCGUCAAUGGCGGAACUCCGCGGCAGAAGUUAAUAUGACACAAGACAGGAUCGUAUAAGAGGUCAGCAAGGAUGUCAAUAGAGGCAGAGGCGUUGCUGCAGGAGGCGAAGGAGAGCAUUGAAGCAGCCCAAAACUACAGGAGUGAGCUACAACAGAGACUGCACGGACUCAGUCAGGCACGCAAACAGGUGCGCGGCAGUGCCAGUCAGACGGGUGAGGCUCUGCAGCGGCACUUUCAGGAGCUACAGACGGCAGUGAGUCGACUGCUGACCGAGAGGCUGAGUGCUCUGCUGCAAGAGGUGGACAGCAUCGAGCUGGACAGUGUCAGUCCCUUAGAUGACUGUCAGAAGCUCAUUGAGCAUGGAGUCAGCACAGCUGAUGAGCUGCUUCGAGAGGGGGAGGCUGCCAUCCGCUGUGGCAUAAAUGAGAAGGAGGACAAGCUGGGCAGCUUCACUAAGAAAGCCCUACAGAUCCAGUUGGACAGUCUGCCCGAGGUGCCUGCGCUGGUGGACGUGCCGUGUCUGUCUGCGCAGCUGGACGACUCUUUGCUGCAUAUGUUCCGUACACACGUGGCUCGGCACGGCAGCGUGGCCUCUCAUCCGCCCGUCCAGAUUGAGGAGCUGGUGGAAAGACCGGGUGGUGUGCUGGUGCGCUGGUGCAAGGUGGAUGAUGACUUCUCCCCGCAGGAUUACCGGUUGCAGUACCGUCGUGGUAACUCUUCUCAGUAUGAGGACACGUACAUUGGAAAAGACACCGAGUUCCUGGUGCUCCAGCUUGACCCGCACAUUGACCACCUGUUUCGUGUGUGUGCCAGAGGAGAGGGCCGAACCGAAUGGAGCCCGUGGAGCAUCCCGCAGACCGGCUACACCACACUCGCACCCCACGAAUGGCUUCCAGGCGUGGAUGGUUACAUUUUAAGCAGUAGGAAGAACAUCGCCAUGCGCAAUGACUCAUCGCCUGGUCACGGGGGUGUUCUGUACUCCAACUCCCCCUCGUACUUCUGUGGCCAGACCCUCACCUUCAAGAUCACAGCUGCUGGACAGACAGAUAAGCGUGACAGUUUGGGUGUGUGUGCGGACAGCAGAACUGCCACAGACUCACUGCAGAGGGAUCAGGCGGUCUGCAUUUCCACUAAUGGUGCCGUGUUUGUGAAUGGAAAGGAGAUGACCAACCAGCUUCCAGCCAUCACUGUUGGCUCUUCUGUGACCUUUGACAUGGAAGUAGUCAACCUCUUUCCUGUGAGCAACAAUAACAACCCCAGCGAUGGUGGCAACUUCAAGCUGAGGGUGACGAUUGGCUCAGGGAACAGGGAAGUGGUGUUUGAUUGGCUGCUGGAUCAGGUGGUGGACAGCCUUUUCUUUGGCUGCUCCUUCACGCACCCUGGAUGGAAAGUGCUGGUGUUUUGAUUGUUGCAUGAUGAAAGAUGAUCAGUCUGAUGGAAUCCAAGACCUCAAGUUUUAUUUAAAUGUUAUCAAACAUCCCAAGUGCUUACAGUGUUCAGAAGUCACUUUUACCCUUUUUCUUAUUAUCAGCACCACGUAUCGCUGCAUUAGACUUUGUUCUGAGGUAUGAUGCCAACCACUACUCUUUGACCUCAUUACAGAUGGACAGGUGUUGUGGUAUUUGCAUAACAGUAAAUAUUUGCAAAAGAGACUGUUACGUGUUGCAAAGCAUGCUGGUCUGGUUUACCACAGAAAAUAAUCUACUGUGAAGUAUUCAGAGAUCAAAGGCACUCAAAAAAUAAAAAAAUUCCCGCUUUAUAAAUAACGACAAAGGUGAAUUUUUUACGCUCAGACAAUCUUUUCUGCUUUUGAGUUUUCUCAA